GUAGGUAUCAUAUAAACUAAAUUAAUAGUACAAUAAAUACAAUUACGAAAUAAUCAAUCACAAUUAACAUUAAUUCCUUUUUUACAUCUCUUAUAUUAGUGCAAUUAAAGGCACUGGAAAAAUUAACCAUUAUUGUACCAAAAGAAUUAACAAUGAAAGAAAUUACUAUAAAUUUGAAAACAAACAAUUCUUAAGAGCUGAAAUUGACGAUCGGUAAACAUUGAAAAAUGAAUACGAUACAGUGUAUUAGGUAUAGAGACAAAGAUAGAAAUAUCUUAAGUAUUCACUAUCUCUUUUUAACAGGCUCCCUCGGUUUUAUUUACAUUAGUCAUUGGGACGGUGAGCAUUCCAGUUAUCUUAUAGUUCAAUGAUACAGAGUAGACUGUCUAGACUUUAUAUAUAUUUUACCCUUGCUAUAUUAUAUUAUAAAAUCAGAAACCUUUUACCAUACAUAUUACAAAAACAUCAUAGUAUAAGAUUUUCAACUUAUAAUUGUUGUAACCAAUUGUUUUUUUAGUUUCAAUAAAAAAAAAUCAAUCAUAAUCUAUUGUUUCUAAAGUAUCUCCAUCCCUACCUAGGACAUAUUGUAAUUUAUCAUGCUAAUCAUACAAUAUAUUAAUAACAAUUUGUUAUUAAUCAAUUAAUUCUAUAUUAGACAAAACUGUAAAAUAUAUAUAAAAUAUUUAACAGUGUAAACCUGUAUAAUAUACCAUUCUCUGUAUAACAUUUUUAACUAUUGUUUUGAACUAACACAAAUAUCAUGUUUAAUAAAAAUUAAUUUUUUAUCUUCAGACAACUCCCGCAAAUAUAUUCAAUUUUUUUUUUUAUCAAAAAAAGAUAAAAUGACACCCAUUAUUUAUAAUGAAAUUUCAUAAAUACUAUAAUCAGUGUAAACAACAUACUAAUAAACACAUCAAAUUGAAAUGUGAAUAUUAUGAUUUUGUAUAAUUGGAUACAUAUUAAAUUAAUAUUGUUUUUCUUAUUUGAGUUGAUAGAAUUUAAACUCCAGUUAUAAUAAACCUGUUUUAAAUUAAAGACAGAAUUAUUUCACAGCGUUUAAUUAUAUAAAAAAAUACUUAAAAAAUAAUUUUACAAUAAUUAUCACCAAAAUAAAUUGAAUAAGAAUAGUUUGUCAAUUUAAAUGUUGACUAAUCAUAAUUAUUAAUAAACAAAAAACAAAUCUGAAAUAGAGUAAAUAAUAGAUAGUUAUAUCCACAGGGAUUUUAAAAUAUCUAUUUUUGUAUGAAGCACUUAAAUAUGCCACUAAAUAAUAAAUAAUAAUGAGCACUUAAUUUUGAGAAAGGAUGCACUAUUAAUUAAAUAAUUAAUCAGUAAAAUAUUAUUAUUUUUUUUUUACAAAUAUAUAGAUUUUUGAAUUCAAUUAGAAAGGCCUAUAUGUAAAAAAAAAAAAAAACAAAAAUAUAUAAUAUUAUGUUUUUCAUAAUUUGAUCAGAUUAUUAAUGUUCACAAAGUAUGAUAGGUACCACCGCGGCCCAGGUAGAAGAAUCUGUAUCCAACAAAUCCAACUGCUACAAUUCCAAAAGCUAAAACCAUGCCACCUAUAGUGUGAACAUAAAUUUAUUACUAAUAGUUCUUUUAUGAAUUAUUUAAUUAUUAUUAAGUUGAUCAACUACAAACUUACUAAGGAAACUUGUACCAUCCCAGGACUUGGCUUUACUUGGCGUUUCUGUAGUUGUAGAAACACUUGGAGUUGGAGUUGUUGUAUUAGGUGCUGGUGUUGGUGGAAUAGUUGGUUUUGGUGUUGGUGUUGUUGAUGGAGGAGUUGGUUUUGGUGUUGAUGGAGGAGUUGGUGUUGGUGGAGGAGUUGGUUUUGGUGUUGGUGGAUCAGUUGGUUUUGGUGAUGGACUAACUGAUGUUGGUAAUUUUGUUGUUGAAGUUACAUUAGAUUCUGGUAUUGUAGAAAUAAUAGGUGAUGUUAGGUUUUUAUAUGAAUUUGUGGGCAAUGUUGAUUCUGUUGUUACAUUAAUUUCAUUUUUCGGUGAAUCUAAAAAAUUUAAUUAUUAUCAACAAAUUUGAAUACCUAGUUACUAAAAUAAUCAUUAUUUCUAAUAAUUAACAAUAUUAUUGUUAAAAAAAUAAAAUGUAUUUUGCCCUAAAACAAAAAUAAUUUAAAUUGAAAUAAUAUAUUUAUUUUCUUUCUUUGUUUAGCUUGUAUUAUAUCCAGCCACCAAAAAAAAUAAUAAUAAUACAAUAUUUUAAUAUCAUAAUGUUCCCUAACUGCGCGCUGAUAAUACAAUUAACCUGGUUAUUUUGAUAACCAAUUGAUUUUUUGCAGCCACAAACAAACACCAACCAAAUCCUUAAUUUACAAGGCUAUGUCGCUAUUGCUAACACCACAAGUGCCUAUGUAAUAGCACAUUAAGAAGUACUCUAUCUGUGUUGCAACAUCCCUUUAUUUUGAUAACUUUACCCACUAAUUUUCUAUACCUAAAUUAAUUAAAAACCAAAAUAACCAAAAGUUAAGUUAAAACUUAUUAUAUUCUAUAUUUAUGUUUUUAAAAAUAUCAGUCUCCACUCAAAUCAAGUUCUUGUUCUGUGAAAUCUUAGUAAUUCUAUAAUAAAUAUCAAAAAAGUAGUUAUCUCACAAUUAAACUGUUUUUCAUAAAAAUGUUAGGUUUAUAUUAUGAUUAAACAAAGAAAUGCUUAAAAAUAAUGACACAAGACUGCUUAUACAUUUAUUUUAUAGUGAAUUUGAAUAUUUUGGAUUUGAUAAAUUGUUAUUUUAUUUUUGGAAUAUAUAAAACAUAUUUAGACAACAAAGUUUAUUCUUAAACAUAUUUUAACUUACAGUUAUGUUUCUCCAUAACCUUUAUAGUUAUCAAAAUGGUUUUUUGGACAUGAACAAAUAAUAAAAUAAAAUAAUGAUAAUUUAAAAAUUGAAUAAUUAUAUUUAAAAAACAUGUAUACAGUAAUAUCUACUAUGUGAAUUGUGUAUGCAUAAUUAUUUUUUUCCAGUAUUUUAUACCACAUUGAAUUAAAUAAUUUAUUGUAAAACAUCUAAAAUCAAAUUUAAAAAAGGCUUACUAAACAAACAUUAACAACUAAUUUAUACAUACAAAUGUGAUAAACAAUUUCCACCUAUUUUUGCCUUAUCUACUAAAUAAAUAAAAUCUAAAUCAAUACUAAAUCAAUCAAUCACUAGUUUUAGUUAUGGAUAAUUCAAUAAAAUAUUUGAUUGUCUGCACCAUUUUUCAAACAAAUUUUCAAAGUUUGAUAGUGACCAAAUAUUUAAUUGUGUGAACCAGGCUUAAUGCUUAAUAUUAAUUUUUGAAUACAAUGGCCAAUAUUAAUUAAAAAUUCUUCCACUAAUAUUUUUAUCGGCCAAUCUACAGCAUAAUUUUCAUUAACAUUCAGUCCAGUGUUGCCAAAUUUUUUUGGAAACCAUUUUCAGGGGUUGAUUCUUGACAGAUCAUGAUUAAUUAUACAUGGAAAAAUAUUACAAAUCCCCCCCCCCCUUGAUCUAAAAAUCACUCCUUAUAUUUUGAUACAAAUAACUAAGAGAUUAAACAAGGACUGGAUUUUGUAUGCAUUAUCUGCCAAUGAUUUUAUAUUUAAAAUGUUGAUUAGGUAUUUUCUUGGGUAUUAAAUAAUAUUACAAUUAAAUUAUAAUGUUAAUUUUGUUAUUUAUUACCUUACCGUCUGAUACAGAUAACAGAAAUAUUGGUCAUUCUAUUCAAAAAAUAAAUAAAUAUUAAUAAAAUAAUCUUCUGAAUUAUUUUGAUUUAUAACAUUUAUUGUAUAAAAACAAUUUAAGUGGACUUAAAUCGAAAAAUAUAUAAUGCAAUUUAAAACUAUGGAUGGAUUUUUCAAAUUAUUACAAAGUUAAUGGUCCAUGAUCACAUGAAACAUAUAUUAUAGUAUAUUGUAUUAUUUACUUCUAGAGAUUAUUUUAUUAAAUUCUUAAAAACAUGUCAAAUUUUUCUUUAAGUCCAAAUUUCAAGUAAUAUAUAUUUAUGAUAGUUAAUAUCUUAUACAUACAAUAAAUAUUUGACACAUUAUUAUGUUUUUUUUUUUUUUAUAGAAGUCUUUAUUUUAUGAAACACGCAAUACAUAAAGAAAAAAGAAUGACCUAUGUAUUAUAUAUACAUUGUACCUACAUGGCUACACUAAAUUUUUAACGAUAGGUAAGGAACCAGUAAAAUAAACAAUUUAAAAUCUAAAUUAUAUUUUUAAUGCAAAAUGAUUUUUUUUUAUGAACUGUAAAGAAAUCUUAUAAUUUUAGUGUAAACUAGAAAAAAAAUAUGAAAAAUCAUACAAAUCUGACCUCUACUUUUUACUUAUAUUACAUAAAAUACCAAUUUUUAUUUAUUCAAUAAUAUAAACUUUACAUUUAUUUUUUAAUCUUUAAAAAAGUUGAUUUUACAUUUUGUUGAAAAACAAUUUUAAAAUGUAUAUUAUUGAAUAUAUAAAAAUAAGUAUUCAAGUAUGAAAAGUAACAAAUAGAGAUCAGAUUUGUAAGAUUUUACAUAUUUUUGCCUAGUCUAUGCAAUUAAAUCAUAUCUUCACAAUUCGUAAAAAAAAAAUUUGUAUUAAAAAACAUAGAUAUUUAGGGAUAUUCAAUAUUUUAUUAAAUGUAAAUUAAUAUUACAUUGUUUGUAAAUAUUUUAUACACUUCCACGUAAUAAGGAAAUAAAGUAAAAAUUAAAAAUUGAUCAUAAAAGAAAAAGUGGUAUUGUCUACUCAAGAAAAAAAUUUGAAAUUAUUGUAACAAAGAACAAUGGAAUAUAAUAUAAUUUAUCAGCUUGUAAGUUAAAAUUAUUAAAACCACAGAAUAUUCUGAUGAAUCGAUAAGUAUUCAAAUUGUAUAAAAAGGAUAAACAAUACAUUAAAUUUGGUAUUGCUGUACAAAAAAAAAAUAGAGAUUAAAAAAACGAUCUACAACGUGAUGUAAACAUUUUGGAAACUCAGUAACAUAAUAAUGAGGAAUAAACAAUUUAUUGUUACAUAAUAAUACAGAGAUUUACUACUACAAAAUAAAUUUUUUAUACAAUCAAUCAAGGUUGGUUGUGAUAAGUUGUAAUGGGAAAUAUCGGUUUUAUUCCUCCAUAUAAAACAAAAAUAAAACACUUAAUCAGCAGCUAGGAUAGUCAAUCAGAACCAUUGUGGCCUUAUUUGUCGACCUUGAACAUACUGCAAGUGUAUGGUGGGAGCGAGAGAGAUAAAUAAAUAAUGAAAAACACAGGAAAAAAAACAAAACAUUGAAAACGACAUGAAAGCCGCUUUUGGACACACUAAAUCGAUACCGAACAAAUUAUCGACUAUUCAACGAGCACACCCACACAAAUGCGAUAAUUUAAUGACACGACAUUUGAUAUUUUGAACUCCGCAACCAAAGUCCUAUCGGUUUGGAGAGUGAUGGGAGGUGGACAAUAUUGAACCUUAUUAAAUGUACAUCACGAACGAAUCUAUUGCGGACGAUACCGAACGCAUAGGUAACGACUAACGGUGUAAGCAUGCACAAUGGCAAUUCUCCGUUAGAUGGGUGCCCGUAAGAAACUUCUAGAGGCAUAACAAUGUUUAACGAAACCCCGAUUAUUUUUUUAACCUGCGGGAAAACAAAUGCAUACUAUCCGUUCCAACGUCGGUCGCCAUUUUUCGAUGACGACGGAGAAACGGUCGGAAACACGAAACGUAUGCGACAAUCCAUGACCUUGAAUACGAAUUAUCCAUAUUCUUUAUUAUUAAUAUCGUUGUGAUGGAAUACUUACCGGGUAUUGGUUCGCUAUAUUUGAACGUUUCGUUUAACGUAGAAUUGACGGACGCUACACAAGCGACUACCACGACGAAGAACGCCAAAUUCAUUUUGAAUGAAACCAUUGUGAUGAAUAAUCAGCGAACGCGUGUCAAGUCGAUGAACAGGAAAAACUAGACAAGAGACGAGGUAAAAAUAACAGUUAAAUGAGUUGACGGUAACAAAGGCGAGUGUAAGUAGUCAGUAGUCACCGAUAGCACACAAUAAAGUCGACUGCGAAAUCGCCAGAGUAGAGACGCGACGGGAGACAAGAAAUCAAAUGACACACGUACCACGCAGUAGCGUUGUUGAUUAUUAGGAGUUACGACUACAACAAAAUACAAAAUGAGACGUCGAUCGUCGAGUGCGUGCGUGUGUGUGUGUAAUUGUUUAUAUGUAUAAACUUACUGUAAAUAGAAAUAAAGACCUCUGGACAGCGUUAGUGUUCGAUGCACGGCCUCGUUUAUGUGCGGAUUGAACGAGGAAAUAACGAAUCAGCUGUGCUGGUCUUUCGCCAUACACCGCUGCAGCAGCACAUGACAAUACGACAUGACGGCCGUGGAAGUUACGAAUGUUACCAUGGAAGAGAAAAAACUAUAGAGCUAUGGAAUAAACAUGACAGACAUUCGUACUUCAUCGGCGGGAAUGUCAGUUGUCGUUAAUAACAAUAAUAGAAAUUAAAUUAUUAUUUUAUUAUUAUUAUAUUUAUAUGUUCUGCUGAUCGUUCCUCGAACAAGUUAUUUUUUAUUCGAAUCCAGAAAUGUUACUAAUUUCUUAUGUACUGUGACUGAGUAAUGGUCAGGCAGUCGGUACUCAGUCCACUCGAUGGUUAAUGUAUUCGACGUACUAUCGAGAUUUUCGCAAACUUUUCUUCCGAAAAUUGAUAACGUAAUUGAUAACGAAAAGUAAACAAAUGAUUCGCAUCCGGUGGUCAUCAAAUUUCAUCCGCAUGACCGCAUCCGGCGAUACCCACCUAGUAGAACGCUUGAAAAUAUCGAUUUUCUCGUUGCAGGAUACCUCGUCGUUGCUUUGUUUUUGUUAUUGUUUUUGUGUCUGCAUCGACCAUUGGAAUUUUGAACCCAUCAAGAUGACCGAAGAAGUACAGAGUGAUGAGGUUUUCAAAAAACUAGACGCGUUAAAAGACAUCAGGUA